AUUAGUGCUGAAACCAACAUGGGUUAAAUACAACCAGCUGUUGAUCAUCUGUCUGCUUAAAGGGGAAUUGCGUUUAGUUUUUCGUUGUACGAUGAAUCUUAAUUGGAAAUAAUUAGUUUAUUGAUAUUGAUAUUGACAUAUUAAAAUGUUAUCCACAUCUCAAAUUCGUUGCUUUCACACUGCCGUAUCGCGCCUGGCGCGUGGUGUUGGGCGACGUUCUAACCCCGGCAUCGGCCAUCAACUCACUAUGGCAGAAACGGUCGACGAACGGCUCGUACAGGAUCCCGAGGGAUUUGGUGACUUGGAAUCUGACUUUAUGACAGCCAGCCAGGCACAUCGUGAGCAUGAACGUGAAAUGAUUCAGCAACGUGAGCGCAUUCGGCACCAUAUGAUUAAGCACAAAUACUUCCGGGAACCCAAACUACCAAACUUACUCACCUAUGCUGAGAAGGAGCAAAUACGUACCUUACAUUUGAGUGAUCCUGAUGAGUGGACUGCAGAGCGUUUGGCGGAAAGUUUUCCCGCUACUAUCGAAAUUGUACAGAAAAUAAUAUCAGCCAAGUGGCAGGCUCGUAGCACUAAGCGUAUCCAUAAACAUGAUGAGGUAGUCAUACGAAAUUGGGAAACAUUGCGAACAAAUCCAAAACUGUUGCAAUUGCCACCGGAUUUGCAGGCACAUGUGCAAAAAUUUGCCACAAGGCGCGCGGAAGACUUGCGUGUGUUGUCCGCAAAGUCGAGUGAGAUACCGACAUUGCCCCGCCCGAAAAAAGAUGAAUUCUUAUCCAUUAUUACAAGUUGCGAUAAGUAUGCAGAAAAAAAGGAGGCACCGCUGCUGUCGGCAGGAAAAUCGACCAAUCUUAUGCCAGCACCGGAAGCGGCGGCUGAGGAUGAGACGUAUUUGUUGGAAAAAGUUCACGAUAAAAGGAGAAUGCGUCUACAAGAGUUAAAAAAAUACAAACUACCACCAACUGAAUCGGACUUGUCUUCUACCUCAACUGAUUUAACUGCUGCGAAUAACGAAGUCCAGCACUCAACAGGAACACACAGUAUAGAGCAGCAAGCAGCAGCUAAACUACAAAAUCCGAGUGGUACUGGCAUAAUUUCCACGAGCGAACACGACAACACAUUAGCUGAUCUAAAUCUGCUUGAGAAAUAUGAAAGCAGCGAAAUUGUUAUUAGCGUUGAGGAUCAAAAACGAUUCGAAAUAACGCGCGUCAAAGAUCGCAUACAUAUUCCACGCAAAGUAUGGCGCAAAGGAGCUACCUAUCGAGUCGAGGAUGUGUACUAUGAUGAUGAUGGAGAAUUUCUCUACCGAGUGCCGGGAAUGAUAGGAAACAAGAAAUAGACUGGCUUCAUCGUGGUGCAAAACUAAACAUUUAAAAGCUUUGUAGUUAAACAUAUAAGAGUUAAAUAAUUUUACUGUAAAUUUAUGCUCAAAUCACUGUUUGAAGGAAAAUAUAAAUAUAUACGUUUUAAAAAGUGUAUCGUUA